CCACGUCUGUGAUAUUAACUUAAACUCUUAAAGCUAUAACGUAUUUAAGGAAAUACUUCUAUCCUAAAAAACAGUACACAAAGUGGUUAUAUAUACUUCUAUAAUUUAUGUGCUAAGGUGUAGGUACAGAUCGUGAAAAAUGGAUGUCAUUCCAGGUCCCCCCUGGUUUUUUUGGUUUUUAGUGGCCUUGAUUUCUUCGUGUGCAUUCGGAGUCUUCCUCAAUAUAAUAAUUCGAGCGUGCCAGUACUGUUGCCGCGACAAGCUUAAGCCUCGUGUGAACCAGAAACCCAGUCAUUACGUGGCAAGCAGAACUUCAGACACGGAGAGUGGUUUUCGCCCGGGAUUUGACGCGCCCGUGCCACCGGCCAUCGAUGACAUUAUGCUUACCGAUUAACUACACAGUUGGGGAGGCGGCCACGACGUCGGUUGUGACACUGGAGCUGAUAGUGGCGGCCGUAGUCACACUGGAGGUGGUGCAAGUGGCGGUUGUGACACUGGAGCUGAUAGUGGCGACCGUAGUCACACUGAAGGUGGUGCUAGUGGCGGUUGUGACACUGGAGCUAGGGAUAGUGGCGGCGGUAGUCACACUGGCGGUGGUGCUAGUGGCGGCGGUUGUGACACUGGAGCUGGUGAUAGUGGCGGCGGUUGUGACACUGGAGCUGGUGAUAGUGGCGGCGUUUGUGACACUGGAGGUGGUGCUAGUGGCGGCGUUUGUGACACUGGAGGUGGUGCUAGUGGCGGUGGUUGUGAUAGUGGGGGAGGCGGUGGUUGUGACAGUGGGGGAGGUGGUGGUUGUGACAGUGGGGGAGGAGGAGGAGUUCCUCAUGGCAAUAAUUCGAGCGUGCCAAGUCUGCUGCAGCGACCAACCUAAGCCUCACGUGAACCAGACCCGUAGGGGCCGUUACGUGACCAACAGAACUUCAGACAUGGAGAAUGGUUGGAGCCCCGGUUUCGACGCGCCGCCAUCCUACGACGACGUCAUGUUCUCCGGUGAAGGUAACAGCUGGGGAGGCGGUGAUAGCGGCGGUUGUGACACUGGAGGUGGCCAUAGUGGCGGCGGUAGUCACACUGGAGGUGGUCAUAGUGGCGGAGGUUGUGACACUGGAGGUGGUCAUAGUGGCGGCGGUUAUUACACUGGAGAUGGUCAUAGUGGCGGCGGUUGUGACACUGGAGGUGGUGAUAGUGGCGGUGGUUGUGACAGUGGGGAAGGAGGUGGCGUUGAUUAG